CUCUUCAAACUUCCAUUACAAAUUCUCUUCUCCUUUAUCAUGCUGAAAUGGAAUGCGUUCUUGAAUCAAGAUUCAGUAACUUUGCUUUCACCUGAAGCACCACACACAUCAUUACAUUUGCAACUUUUUCACUGUUUAAGGGGUCAAUUCGGAUAUGUCUUCUGAUAGCGCAAAGGAAAAUGUGUCGGUAGUUGAUUCAUCGGUCACUGAAUGGAGGAAUGACAUUGGAAAUUCAGAUGAUCCAGAGAGCUCCUCUUACAAGUGUAAUGAAAACAAUAAUCCAAUUCGGACAGAUAUAGCGGAACACUCUUAUGGUCUGAUAGGGCAUCCAACAGGAAUUGGAGUGGAAAAGUGGAAUGAUAUUAAGUAUUUCAUCAUUAAGAGUUUGAACCGUCAAAAUAUUGAUUUGUCUAUUAAGAAAGGAAUUUGGGCUACUCAAAUUAUGAAUGAACGGAUUCUAGACGAAGCUUUUCAUCAUAUGUUGCAGAACUCGGGCUGUGUAAUCCUUAUAUUUAGUGUCAACACGAGUGGUUCCUUCCAAGGAUACGCACAAAUGAUGUCCUCCAUUGGAAGGGGUAGAGACAAUGUUUGGAGUGAGGGAAUCGGUAAAAGUAAUCCUUGGGGCCGCAGUUUUAAGGUCCAGUGGCUGCGUUUCAAUGAUUUGCCUUUCCACAAAACUCUACAUCUCAAGAAUCCGUUGAAUGACUAUAAGCCUGUCAAAAUUAGCAGAGACUGUCAGGAGUUAUCUCCAGACAUUGGCCUAGCUCUUUGUGAACUUCUUGAUGGUAAGAAUGAUACCAAUGACCUACUGACCAGUUCCUUAAGGGGUGAUUUUUCAUUUAAGGGUCGCUAUGUGAGUACUCCAAGUUCAAUGGGAGACGAAGACUAUAAAUUUCGUCCACUUCAUAUGUCAUGGUCAAUGCCCCUGGCUUAUCCUUCCCUGUUUUACCAAAAUCAACCCGUAAUAAAUGAAUUUCGUUCAACAAAGCAGAGAUUCAGUGGGACAAUGCUUACUGAAACACUGCCUAUCUCUUCUUCUGCAUCGCCACAACUGUCAGGGAUUAAACGUGCUCAUUAUAGUGGACAUAUUCCAGAGCUACAAACAAAGAAGGACGUGUCUUCUCAAUUAGAUUUUUGGGGUGUGUCUACAGGCUGCCCUUUAGCCGGUAGUACCCUAACUGAGGAUGAUUUUCUUGACAUGUCCUAUGAAGAAUACCUGGAGGAGGUCCAUAGCAGAGGCAAGAAACAGUUACGCACCAGUUCACAGGAAACCAUAACCAAGGCAUCAAAAUUCUCAGGCAACUAAACCAUGUUGGAAAUGAAUGGAAUUGCUGAGAAGUAAUCCACCUGAUGGUGAAAGGAACAUAGAAGAAUGUGUUGAUAGAAAUAGGAGCAAUCCUCGUGGGAGGAUUCAUCAGACAUCUUUUCCAUGGUUACAACUUCUCUUACAAUAUGCGAAUAUGGUAACUUUUUGGGCAAGGAGGGCCUUUUCCUGUUUUCUUAUGGCAAAGACGACAUGGAAAUUAAUUGUAAUUGUCUAAAAUUAGAACUUGAUAUUGAACCUCGUAUAAAUGCGAUUCAAUUCCAAGGCUACUUUGAGGCUUGUUGACAAAUUGUACAGAGUUUAGAUUAGAGUCAGAACCAAAACGUACCUUGUGUAUAUAAUAUGCCCCCUAUCCCUAUGCUAAACUGGCAUUUUUAUCCCUGUGGAAAAUUUUCAGCAAAGAUGAUGAUGAUAUUGGUUUGAUUUUUAAA